UUCGCUACGCCCAACAAAAUCGAUGUUUUGAUUGGUGCUUCGCUGUUUCCGCAUUUGAUUCUUCCCGACGACGUGGUCUCCAGUGGACCAUCGGGGCCGCCCGCUAUUCAUACAGUGCUAGGCUACGUACUCAUGGGAGUCGUGCCUGCGCUCGCCGCCCGCCCAGCAUGCGUGACGUCAUGCUGCGCCAUAGUGCCACAGCAGCCUAUGGAUCAUUUAAUUACCCGCUUCUGGGAACUGGAAGAAGUCCCCGGCUCGCCCGUUCAGCACCCCACGGAUGUUGAAUGUGAACAUUUUUACCGCUCGACUACGGAACGUGACCCCGUGACCGGCCGUUACACUGUAGCUCUCCCGUUUGAUAAAGACGUGUUUUUACUUGGGGACUCCUAUAACAUUGCUCGCAAACGUUUUUUGUGUUUGGAGAAGAAGCUCGAGGCUUCUCCCGAGCUUCGUGCCGCUUACGAUGACGUCAUUAAGGACUAUAUUUCCAAAGGUUAUGUGGAGCCACUGACCGUUCCCCCGCAGGCGUCAUCGGACGAUUUGUCCCCGAGCUAUAUAAUCCCGCACCAUGGUGUCCUCCGCGAGGACAAGUCCACCACGAAGCUGCGCCCCGUGUUAGAUGCAAGUUGCAAGACUUCAUCCGGUGUCUCGCUAAACGAGGUGCUGCACAGUGGGCCAAAUUUACAAGGGGACUUGUUUAAAAUUAUUUUAAAUUUUCGCCUACACGCUGUAGCGAUGACCGCUGAUUGCAAACAGAUGUUUCUGCAGAUUAUGCUUCGCGAAUCUGAUAGACGCUAUCAGAGAAUUUUAUAUCGUUUUAAUCCAAACGAUCCUCUGGUUCUAUAUCAAUUUAAUAGAGUAUGUUUCGGUUUAAAGUCAAGUCCCUUCCACGCGCUCCGCACUGUGCAGCAGCUCGUCGACGAUGACGGCGCCGAGUAUCCCCGCGCGGCGGAGAUCGUCCCGUCCUGCCUGUAUAUGGACGAUAUCGCCUUUUCUGUUGAUACAGAACAGGAGGCGGUGGACGCAGCAAAACAGCUGAUUCAAAUGUUCAAGGGUGCCCAGUGGGAUCUUGUUAAAUGGAACAGUAAUUCACAAUACGCACUCAAUGAGUUGCCCGCUUCGCACAAGAUACCCUUGAGGUUGAAUUCGACAAGGCUACAGAGCAUAAAAUAUUAG